UACCAAGUGACCUGAACAAUAUUCUAAUAGUUAACUUUUACUAUCUCUCUCUCUCUCUCUCUCUUUCUCUCUCUUUCUGUGUUUUUAAUUGUUCGUUUUACUUUUAAUACAAAUUACUAAUCAUGUCUUCUGGUGGCGGAUGUUGUGCUAGACCUUCAAGUGAACCUGAGAAAACUACUGGUGGUGGUUGUCGAUGUGGUUCCAAUUGUAAUUGUUGCGCUGAUUGUCCUGGAUCCAAGUGUGGACCUGAUUGUACUUGUGAUCCAUGUCGAUGUUGUCCCGCUGGUAAAUCAGGAUCAGGAAGUUGCGAUUGUUGCAAAUGCUGUGGUGGUUCAGCCUGUAAAUCUGGUGACAAUUGUAAUUGUUGCAAAUGUUGUCCAUCAUCAAAGUGUCGUAGAGGAUAAUCAACGAGCCCAAUCCAAACAACAACAAUUAACCAUAACUUGAUCUAAAGUCAUGUUAUCAAUAAUUAAAAUCAAAAAAGUCUUCCAACUUUAGAGUAGUUUAAAUUGUUAAUCUUUCAAUUGACUCAUCAAUUGAUUUUUCUAUUGCUUUUCUUCAGUGUAUUCCCUUUAUUCAUACAGUAUAAAUCAUUUUCACAAUUGUAAUUGUCCAAUUUAAUUACAUAAAUCAACUGAAAAAAGUGAUUAAUUGAACAAAAACAAA